ACAGCUAGGUCCAGAGGAAUAAACUGCUAUUAAAUGAGACAAAAGGACACAACUGUGGCACAGUAUUAUCAAGGCUGUUCCUGAGCAUGCAGUCUUUGUAUGUGUUGUUAAAUCUAACAUUUUCAAAUUAAAAUUUAAUCACUGUUUUCAAGAAGAGAACACUUUGCUGAGAUAAGAAAGCUGUUUUUGGAAGCUAACUGUAAUCCACAUUAUAACCUAGACACAGUUUUCGCCUUCGUGGUGAGGUCGUAACUACUUGGAGAAUGUCGUUAUUUUUACGCUCUUUAGCUUACGUCACGUACGCAUUCCUGUCUGUCCUCUUCACGUCCCUCGUCUCUGGAACUACAACACGCACUCGCAACUUUGACCGAAUUGUUUCCCCUUCCGGAGGUAUCGUCUCAUCCGGGGUCUAUACAGCACCCUCCGUCUCGGCCUGCUGCGUCCGGUGCCUGUCUCGUCACACGAGCUCUUACGUCACCUACAACAAAUCCACCAGAUCUUGCAAGUGUGUCUCUGGAUUGAGCCGCUUGCUGCCCCCUCCGCCAAGCUCAGAUCUCCUUUACGGACACACUCUGGGCAGUCAGUGUGAGGUCUUCCCGGGUUUUGACGUCUUCAGAUUCAACGAUCUCAACGUCUGUCUGAUGAUGGGUGCUGACAAAAAGACAUACGUCCAGGCUGUAGCUGAAUGUGCGCUCUUCUCCAAUGGGCGUCUUUUCAUCGGAAACACGACAGACAAGCAGCAGGUUUUGGCGACAGUCGCUGAAAAACACAACGUUACAACGACUUGUAUAUGGGUAGGUCUUGAUGAUAGAAUGAAGGAGGGCGAGUUUGUGUGGUCUGACGGGCACAUAGCCACGGAGGAAGAGAAACUACAGCUAUUUAAGGAAGGUCAGCCUGAUAAUGCUAACAACGCAGAUUGUGUUUGCUUUUAUCCGCAAUAUGUUGCCUAUAGCGACGGCUGGUGCGGAUACCGAUUGAGAUACAUUUGCGAAAUUCCCUUAAUUUACUGAAAUUUUCAUCCGCUGUACACUGAAGACAGAAUUAAAAAGCGCCAAGCUCGUUUUAGGAAAUGUUGGUAAGAACGGCGUUGCAGCAAUAGCAAUAAAAUAAUUAGUU